CAAAAUCGUCAUUUAGUAGUUAAUAAAAAAUUAACGCAACAACUUCUUCUGAGAAACACAGGCACGUUUUAUCUGCUGCCAACAAAAGCUGCUCGAAGGCUGAUGGCUGGUCUUGGUCCUCCCAUCCCGUCUGCUCUUACCUCAUUUCUUUCCAUGUUACUUCCUCCUGGUUUUGCUGUGGGGCCAUCACAGCUAUGUGAGCAGAGGCUGGGACUGUGGUGGGUAGGCCGCUCACUUGGGGCAGGGUCUUUGCUAAGCAGAGAGGGGGACACAGCAUGGACCUGGAAAUAUCACACUGACCAGAUGUUUCACGAACAAGGAGCUGAACUCUCAGUUAACUCUGAGUCCGAGACAGGUCAGAGCACCAAGACAGAGAAGCUUAUGAUUGAGAUAGCUGCAAACAAGGAGGCUCCUCUGAAAAAACCUGUCUGGAUCAACUUUGCCUGUCAGGCACAAAGCAGUGCUCAGCAAAAUGUGGCAGUGCAUUGUGCAUGUGGAGAUAAGUGUGUGGCAGAGUGUAUGGAUGUGUGUUUGCGUGUGUGUGAAGAUGUCCAACCUGGAACAGAGCUGCUGUUGUACAAAGACACUGUGGGGGAAAGUAAAAUAAUGGACAAAACUGACCCACACGAUAACUUGGCUGCACGAGACUUGGAUAACAAAGUGGAACAUGAAAAACACCCAGACAGCACAUUUAAGAAGAUAUCCGUAAUUCGAGAAAAUGAAGCUGCAGAUGGUAAACACAAGGAGAAAAUACAAGAGCAGGACAAGGACAGAAACGUCAACAAACGUCGUCCAACCAGACAUAAAAAGAAGAGGAAAAUUGACAAUGUCUCAUCUGAGCUAAAUAUGGACAGUUGUACUCAUGAUAAAACAGACAGAACAGCAAACACAGCCAACAAUGACCCAACACUCCUGUCAGCUAUGGACAGACAGACUGACCCUCAAGGCCUCUCUGCACCAACUUACAUCCGCUUCAGCUCUCGACUGGCUGCAAAACCCCGACGGGUUCACCGUCUGACCAGCCUGGUCAAGCAACCCCCAGCCUUUCCCAACCAGCCCGAACAAACAGAGGGACAGAGCUGGAUCCCCACUGAGGGCACCAGCUGCAUUGAAGAAAAAGUGGAUUCUCUGAAGUCAUUACACCCUGAGGCUAAGGCAACAGCCCUGACAUGGCAGUCAGAGACCAGAGAGAGACGGUACAGAUGUUCCAGCUGUGGUAAAAAGUUCUACCAGCUUGGUCACUUAAAGAAACACCAGUUCAGCCACACAGAGGAGAAACCAUUCACCUGCCAGGAGUGUGGGAAAAACUACACCUCUGCAGAGAGCUUCAGAGCCCAUCAGAUGAGUCACCGCGGGGAGCGUCCAUUCGCCUGUCCUCAGUGUGAGAAGAGCUACGGCCUGAAACGGGACCUGAAGGAGCACAUGGUCUUGCAUACUGGAGAAAAACCAUAUACCUGUGAACACUGUGGCAAGGCGUUUGCACGCCGCCCCUCCCUACGCAUCCACCGCCUGCUUCACUGCAGCAGAAUGGUCUACACACAGACUCCAAAGGUGCAGUGCACAAUGUGCCCCAAGCAGCUGGCAAACUUCAGCUCUCUCAGGAACCAUAUGAAGCUUCACACGGGGGAAAAACCUCAUAUCUGUCAACACUGUGGGAAGUGCUUCAGCCACAAAGGAAACCUAGAGUGCCAUUUGAGAGUUCACAGUGGAGAAAAGCCAUACCCCUGUUCUGAGUGCGACCAGAGUUUCUCCCAGAAACCAGAACUCCAUCGCCACAUGAUUUCCCACACCGGAGGAGGUUUCCUCUGCAGCUACUGUGGAAAAUCGCUGCGGGACCCACAUAGCCUGAGGUCCCAUGAGAGACUGCACACUGGUGAAAGGCCACAUCGCUGCCCUGUCUGCGGAAAAGGAUACACUUUGGGCACCAAGUUGAGGAGACACAUAAAGUCAUCUCACUUGAUGGAGAAACCAUACAGCUGCCACUGCGGUGCUUCAUAUACUGUUAAACAAAGUCUUCUGAGGCACCAAGCUCAGCACAAGACAGAGGAAGGAACUCAGGUGGAGGUAGAGGGAGGACAAGGAGAGGAGAUGAGCAGCUCCGUUCACUCAAAGCCAAUCAGAGGUAGACCCAAGAAGAACUCCCUCCCGCAAGAGGCAGAGGUUAAGGAGGCUGGUGAAGUGAAGCAGAGAAAGGUGCGAGGGAGAGGGGAGGAAAAGGACGAUGUAACUGCAAUAGGAGGAGAUGAGGCAGCUUCAAAUAACACCCAACAUGCAGUCGUCUAUGUGCACACAGACGAUCUGUCCAUGCCGACCUCCACCCCUCUGCUCCUUACCUCAGAGAGCUCGCUACCUGCAGGGACUGGGCAGGAACUGGUGGAAGUGGUGAUAUCAGAGAACACAGAGCAGUGCAUUGUGGUUCAUGGACAGCAGGCAGUGGGAGAGCUGGUAAUCUUACAGGAUGAUGGGAGUGGGCUCUGCUCUGUGGCUCAGACUGUUGAGAUUAACACUAUGUAGCAUGAAAUCUCAGUUUUUAUUUACUAAUUUACUUCUCCCUUUCUUAACAACCACCUUUCUCCGGCCAACCUUCUUUGCAUUUUUUUUUGUAUUCUGCCCAUAUCCCAGGUUGCCUUUAAAAAAAAAAUCUUUUAAGAACAACUGUGAAAUAUCCCACUAGAAAAUUAGAAGAUGUUAAACUCUGGCCCGUUACUCUGCAAAUUGGUCUGUUUGCUGCUUGUGUGCAUUUGUUUGCAGAAACUGACCCCUUAGCCUCCUCAGUGAUGGAUUACUUUAUUUGUGACUGUGGACUGUUCAAUUCGCAAUGUUUCACACCCAAAGGCGACACAGAGCAGUGAUAAAGCAGAACACUGAAUACUGAAUCAAUUCUGCAUUCAACCUGUUGUUAUUCCCCAUAGUUUGAAGUAAAAGAAUAAAUUGAAACAUGCUGUGUGU